CCGCCUUCAUCUUAACACUCCUUCCUCAACUGCCCAGUUCUAGACUUGGGAUAGUUACCCAGUACUAUCUCCAGGUACGGAGUAUAUUCAUCGUCUCUACCAUGCUCUUCCUAGGCAGUCUUUUCUACGUUUCCGUCCUGCUGAUCAACGCGAUCGCCGUUCUUUCCGAAGACCGCUUCCUGGCGCGCAUCAACCUCAGCUCGACCACGUACGACCCGUCGUUUGGAUCCGGCGAUGCAACCAGCGUCAAGGCCAAGAUCAUCAAUUUGAUUGCGAGUGUGAGGACAUUAAUGAGGAUUCCGUUGAUAAUAGUUAAUACCCUGAUAAUUGUCUACGAGCUGGUGCUGGGGUGACGGAACUGCGAGACAGGACCAAGAGAAGAGAAAAAUAGACACAG